AUGGAUCAAUUUACUUAUAUCAAAAUAUUUGAAGAGGUCACGCUACCUUAUGCUGAAGAGGAAAUGCCCUUGAAAUGGGUGUUUCAACAAGACAACGACCCCAAACACACCAUGCUCAGCGGCCUCUGCUCCAAUGACUGUCCGGAAGAUGUCAAGCCUUUUGGUGUGAACCAACCAGGUCCCUAUGUCAUGUACACCACACUGGAUUCCAAUGGCUACCUGAAAAACGCCUCAGCUGGCCAGUUGAGCCAGUCGGCUCAUUUCUCCCUCCAGCUGCCCUACACUGUACUGGGCCUCGGACGCAGCGCCAACUUCCUUGACCACCUUUUUGUUGGCAUCCCCCGCCAGCCUGGAGAGACGGAAAUAAGGAAGCAGGAGUGGACGGCCAUCAUUCCCAACUCGCAGCUUAUUGUCAUGCCCUUCCCACACAAUAAGCCCCGCAGUUGGAGUGCUAAGUUGUACCUUACUCCAAGCAACAGCGUGUUGCUGACAGCCAUCGCACUGAUCGGAGUCUGUGUCUUCAUCCUUGUCAUUAUUGGCAUCCUACACUGGCAAGAAAAGAAAGCUGAUGACCGAGAGAAGAGGCAGGAAGCCCACCGUUUCCAUUUUGAUGCCAUGUGAAAGAAGAGAAGUGCAUCAUGGGAGAACAUCCGUCCUCCUUCACCUGCCACUCAACCAACCACCCCUUACCCUUCACACAUUUUCUCUCAGAGUCCUUUCAAGGGCCAAUAAGUGGAUCCUUGCUUGCCCCAAAACGCUUCUUUUUGAUAUUUUUCAGUCCUCGAGUCAGAUGUGAAAUAUUUAUGUUCCAUUUCAUUUAUUCAUUCCAGUGUUAGAAGUACAGGAGCUGCAACAAGGCCAUAGAGACACAGAGAGAAAUCCUAAUGGAGAUCACUCUCAAGUUUAAAGCAGGGAUUUCUUUGGACCGGCUGUAGUUAACAGCAUGAUUAUCCCUUGUGAUAUUAGAAUAUUUUGACAACAGAUUCCUGUUGAAAUGUCCAACAAGUGACUCCAAUAUUUUAAGGUGUUUAUAUUUAUUCUCUUCAUCUUUGGCAUCAAAUGUUGCAGUGUGUAAAGUUACCUGACAUCCACAUAUGUGUUACUGUCCAUAGUCUUUGUACAGUUUGUUCACCUCUGGCUUUUUCAGUGAGAUUAAACUGAAUCAGAUUGUGUGAUAUUGAUCUCAGCCUUGAAACUGCAGCAGCAACUGGUAGGAAGUGAACAAAAACAGUCACAUGCAAUAUAACGAUGCUUCGGAACAUUUUUCUGCUUCCAAUCUCACCAGAAAUGAUGAAUGGCCUUCAGGUCUGCUGAGUGCAAAUUCAUCUUUUUCUGAGCUGAUUGUAUCACAGUGCAUCAUAGGAGUGCCAAAAAAUGUUGCAUCCGGCAAAUGUCUAAUGGUACAGUAUCAAGGCCCAGCAAAUAGUCUAAAACCUGCUGAAUAAAGCACCGUUUGCUCCAGCUUGUUUGUGUUGUCAAGCACUUGGGUGUAUCCAGAUAUUUAUUUAUAAGAAUGAGCUCAUGCCUUUCUGUGCACUUUUUAAACUACUGAUCAGACUAACUGUGAGUGUGUGCGGCUGAUUUUAUUUUGUUGAUCUGGCUUUUAAAUUAAUGUUUAAGCUGUAAUUGUGUUUCUUUACUGAGGUUGAAAAUAAAGGUUUCUUUUGCUUUA